AUGGUCCGGUAUGUAACUAGUAUUUUACACUGGAUCACACUUGCAUUUAAAAUCUUCCCUCCCGAACUCUUCGAAAGACUUUUGGCGUCUUUUUAAGCCCCCAUAUGGAGUACGGAAUGCCAGCAGCUUCACCGUGGAUGAAGAAGGUUAUUGAUUCACUGGAACAGGUGUUACGCAGAGCAGCGAAGAUGAUCGACGGUCCAAAGCAUUUGUCUUAUCAGGAGAAGCUAAAUGUGCUUGACUCAUUUUCUCUAUCUUAUAGGCAACUACACUUCAGUCUACACUGCGGAAAUUCCGGAUUGUCCGUGGCCAAGGUUGUUCUCUAAGAACAAAGGACAUUUUUUGAAUUUGCUUUUACAGACCAAUUACGCGGUCAUCCCUACAAAGUCAAGAGUGGGCGCACACGGCAAGACCGUGGGAAGUUUUCAUUAAGCCAGCGGGUUGUCCGGCCAUGGAACUCGCUGCCAAGUGAGAUCGUGACGGCCUCCACAAUCAGCCUGUUUAGAAAAAGCUUGCUUGCAUGAUUUUUGAAGAAAACUGGCGUUUGCAACAUGACAACUUACAGCCAGCUCUGUAAAACGCUUUGUCGUAUACAACCUUCACAUACAUUACUACAGUGAAAAAAUGUGCUUCUCUAUCAUUGUGAUUGUACGCGAUCCAACCACGUUAUAAAUGUUUGCAACUUUACUUUGAGUGUGAAUCUGCGAAAACGUUGUACAUAAAUAGGGUCAUCAAAGCUCUGCCUCUAAGCCCUUUAAUACAUACAUACGCAGACCUUGGGAUUAGCACUGUGUAGCUUUUUAAGCCCUCCUCUCAAUGAGUUAGGACAGACAAAAGGGAAAUCCGUGUCCUUUUCGUCAUCAAACGAACCUUCGUAAAGAAUGUGGUAGUGGUGAUGGUGGUGUUGGUGGUUUAAUCCCAACAAAUAACUGGGCUUCAUAUAAGCUUGAUAGAAAGUUGAGCUCAGAUUGGGCCACGAUGGGCGUUAGUUGGGUUGAAUAGUGUUCGUGCGAACACAUGAGUAGCGCCGCACAUGGGACUGGGAUGCUGGGAAGCAACUGUACGUAGUCUCCACGCGGCGCUUGCCAUUGUAUCCAGUCUUAACACGAGAAAGAUGACAGGUUAAGACGGUCGUCCGUUCCAUAAGUGAGGUAACAGACUGCGAGGGUGACUCAGUGGAAUCCACCCCAACGGUCGCGGGAUUCUAAAGGAAAUAUUUUCAAAAUGUCAAACGUGCAGUCGCGUGGGGAGUAUCGGACCUUUAAAUGAAGUCUAUAACAGUCCAAUGUGAAUAAACAGACCCAGAAGCAAUAUCCCUUUUUCCGUUUCGGAAGUCUCAGUGGCCGCUUACUUCGAAAUUGAAUCAAUACGUCUGCCACCAGCAAUCGAAUGCAGCAAGUCGCUUAAAUAUAUUUAUGCUGCAAUAACGUUAGCAGUCGACAGCUCUAUCAGGAGUCACAUGUCGAGUCUGUGGCAACUAGCCAUGGAUGGCUGUGUCACGCAGGCAUGGAUUUUGCCUAAAUUGUCUCUAUUGAGGCGACAUCGAAAGGCAGGGACUUCGUGCAGUACUGAGAUACUACUGGGUCUCGUUGUACGUUCCUCGACAUUUUCGUACCUGCAUCAGUUAUAUUCAAUCCGAAAUACGCAAUUUAUGUUUGCAGUCCAAUUUUACAGCAAGUUACUGCGUCCCCACUCUGUAACCCCCCAACUGUUGUAUUACCGGAGCACCCUUACUCAGGUAGUUACUGAGAGGUGAGGGCAAAUUGGUAAUAGGUGUCUUGUUAUCGUUUAUUAUAGUUAAAAUUUGUUGAACGAAAAUAAAUGGAAACCGACCGGUCUAGGGACUUCAUUACGUACUGGAACCGAACGGUUCCUGCCCGGAAAGGAAGGAUAGAGUCCUUGUGCCAAAUCGGUCAAGUACAUAGAAAGCAAAAACAUACUUUCCGUCAGACUCGGGCACCAUGUCUACUGGGUGAACCUCCAGAUACCUUUUGACUCGUUUUGUGAAGCUGGCCCAUAAUUCGCGUAUUUAUACGAGCGAUUUAAUCCCCUUGGUAUGGACGGCUAUAUAUCGACAUAUUGUAAAUGGACAGCAAAGUAGCGGAAAUAACCUUAUGUGGUUUUGAACCUCAGAGACCCUUUUUAGGAUUUCCCCGUUAAAAUUAUUGUUUACGGGAACGUGAUCAUCAAAUGCAACAUAAAACUCUUAAUGCAGAGUCGUCCAUGCCCCGACCCUGAGACACACAAAUAAUUAUUCUAAAUUGGUGCCUUUACAGCAUAUGUCGUAUUAACUAACUGGCUGUAACAUUGAGUGUCCUAAAUUUCCGCACCUGGGUUUCUGAAACGCCAAUUAUGUUCGAAGAGCCUUGUAGAAAGGACUGCUCAAUAAGACACAGAAGACUUGGCUAACGCUUUGGCUUUUAAGAUCAUAAUAAAUCCACUGCGCAGAGGCGCUCUUAGAUGCUCUUAAUGCUUUUCGUCACCCAAAAGAGCUGCUUCGUUUGUUUGCGUGCACUUCUAAGAGUCUCUUUUGUAAUCGAGGCAUUUGUUUGUCGUUCACAUGGCCUGCUAGAAACCACUAAGUAGUGCGGUUUAUUGUCUUUGUUGCGGAUUGUGCUGCGUGAGGGACUGCGUAUCUACGCGCUGCACGUCAUCCAAUUCUAAGACUAUCAUUUGCACAACAGUCUUUUGUACGUCAUGUAGAAGAGCUGGAGUCGGCGACAACGAAAUCUUACCAAGCUCCCAGUCGACGUCCACUUCAGCCGGCAGCUGUUGCCCUAAUCUGGUUAAGAUAGCCACUACUGAACUCAUUAUAGGAUCAUCUCUGUAACCUUCUAUUUUACACGAGGGAGGCUUGCGUAGCACCAACCGAUGAGGACAUUAUACAACCCAACAUCCACCUUCUUAUUCUAUUUAUCUGAUCUUUUCUCUGUCAAUUUCCUGUCACUUCUCACUACUACAGAUACCCGGGAUAAAUCUUUCUGUCUGCGAAAGAAUUAUCCCACUUUAUAUACACUUUAUUCAUAAAUGCUCCGGUACUACUUAUUCCCGCACUCUACUAAUUCUUUCAGUUUACUCCGGUGCGUCCUACCCCUCAACAUAUAUCAAAAUACACGCCAGAAAAUGACACAAAAUAAAACAGUAGCUGCCUCGGCGAUUAUAUCACCUCCCUGUCAUCUCUGGAGAUCUGCGGUUACAAUUCUUUCUUCACUUACGGCAGCAGUGAUUGAACAGGCUGGCCUUGGUGAUCGGCCCACCCAAAAGUCGGGUUCGGUUUAACGUCAUGCCUGACCAUCAGCGGCAGACCAUACCAUGGCUACUUGGGUUGGCCAUGCAAUUGUAACGCACCAUUGGCUGAACAGGUUAUUUAGGUGAAGAGAAGUGUCCUUAGGCGCUGCACUCCCCACUGGUGGUUUAACAGACACAACAGAACAUUCCCCGCCCCAUAUGAGAUUAAAGUAUAUGCAACACCACUUUCUAUUUUGAAUUGUAUCCUUAUUGUCCAUUUAAACGAUUAUUGUCUUAGAGUGAUUUUAUUAUAUUUACGCUACUUCUUCUUAUGAACUCGACAUGUGUAUUCGGCGUGAUGCUUACCAGCCGUCUUCAGUAUUCUCACGCAUCGGAAAUCGGCCGCAGAUGCUUAUUAUCCGUGUACGUGCCAACCUGUAUGUUGCCGGCCGCUACAAAAUAGGCUGAUUUUCUGUGGUUAAGGUUAUUUUCGCGGUUGAUCUAGACAUACGUAAAUAAAAUUCGUCGGAGCCUUAAUGACAAAUUUUUGCAUAGUAUAUUUCCUGCAGUUUGCGUUAUUCCCUAGGCAACACCAGUAUAACCCCCAAUUCAAUACUGGAGUACGUACUCCAGUACUUUAGCUGCUGAAAACCAUAUCCCCUACCCCGUGUCCUGUGAACCACCUUGGAAGAAAACUACCGCAGAAAUUUUGUUUUAGUGCAUCGGGGAUUCCGAGGUGGUCUGGCGCCUACCUCGCCGUUGUGCGUGCCACGCCGGGGCAUAGUCGAAGGGCCGGCGCUGGCUGUGUGGCAUCCUCUCCCGGCAGCACUCCUCGUCGUUAGUAUUGUGUGGGUCGUGCGCUUGCUUCAUGGGGUGAGUUAAAGGAUGAUCGCCAACCGCCCCAGGCAUAAGCUAGUGUUGAAUGGUUUUGUCUGAAAGUUUACUUAGUGCUGCUAACAACCUUUUGGUAAUUUCAGUUUUGCGUGAUGGCAGGUCCGUUGUGAACAAUGGGAUUUUGGCACCUCGCGAAGCACCCUCCGUAUGACGUGGAAGGCAAGUGGCCGAACUAGCUGCUGACCGUCUGUUUUGAGACUUCGUCCGAAGGGUUUCUCGGCCACCGGUCGGAUGACUGCUGUUGCAUCGUGCCACCCUUUUGGCCUGACGAUCGGUCGUCUUCGUUAACGGCACGGAAGUCGUUCAUUAUUUAGGUACGCUAACUUCUAAUGCACGUAUUCGUAUGUAUGCUGCCAGUCUGAACGCAUUUUUUUUCUGCAGGCGGACGCCCGUCGGUAAGGCGCGCGCAUACCAGUUUUCUACGUAAGCAAGGCAAGUGAUAGUGAUGAUUACCAACCGCCCCAGGCAUAAACUAGUGUUGAAUGGUGCUAUCUGAUGAUCGCUUUGGCGCUCUUUACGCCUUUUUGCCAAACUUGGUUUCAGGGGUCUCGCGAGGACAAUUACACUGCGAUGCCCUUCGUACCCUAUGUUCGUCUCAGCGCAAGGUAGGAGAUCCGAACCCAGAUGCUCACGGAUCGCCCCCAACUGGGUGGAUUCCCUGAAAGUUCUUAAUCCAAGCCACAACCUUAGGUUUGCUUCCUUGAAAUAAACUACCAACUCGUGUAGGACUCCACCACUUUUUUAUGUUGCUGUAGAUGUCGGGACGAUGUUGUAAACGUCCUCAAGUCGCCUCCGACGCGUGGGGUUAUGACGGCGGUGGUAUACGCGCGAACCAGGUCAGGGGCGGGCUCGUGAGGUUAGAGCAUAAGCACAGAUUGGUUGUGUUGAGAGCAGCCGGCGCGAGCAGCAGCAGGUGCGCGAGAACCUGGACUCUACAGUGGCGGACCGCCAGGUUGAGUGGCAGAACGUGGUUCCGAGGCCGUAUUGGACAUCAGCUGUCGUCCGAGCCAUCCACCUGCGGCCUCCCUCGUCUCCGGUCUUCUUAACUGUCUUGAAGCCGGGCUCGGGCGGGGAGGAGAGAGUGUAGGUAGAUGCUACGCAAGUCUACCGGCACUAUAAACCCCUGCGCAAGUCACCGUCCUUGCUCCCAUUGCUGCUGCAACUGUGGGGCACACGAUGGACAUCAUCGAAACCGAUGGUCGAACUGUCACAUCAGCUGUCGACGACGAACGAUGACCCGGUGAUUGGCACUCCGGUGGGCGAUUCGCGAGGCAAGAUGAAGGGCCUAGUAGUUGCCUCUUUCUCCAGCGGGCAAGAUCACUUUGUGGCUUUAGUCCGACCGCCGCUCCUGAAUGCCCUCGUGGAGGCACCCACUAUAUCUCUUCCUUCGACGCCUUGUACGUGCGCGGUGCUCCGUACCGCAAACUCCCACGCGCGACCAGCAUCCUCAAAGCAGGAGAUUUCCGAUUGUAGAUUAACUGCCCUGGUGUUACGCACAGGGCCAAGUGGGUGGGGUUGCGCAAAUGUGUGGGCGUCUGUAUUGUCGCGUCUAAAUUGUCUUGUACUUCCUAAGUCGUCUUCGCUCGUGAGGUCAUGAACGAGGAGGGACGGCGCCACCGGCACCUACCGAGCCGACUGGGCCAACUUACGAAAUCGUUGGAAGGCUUAGCUUCCUCGCUUUUGCUGCAUGGCUGGAUCUGGCCUACUGAAUAGCUGUCUGUUGGACCUUGGUGUAUAGCUUGAGAACUUAACUUGGACAGGACAUAUGCCGGACGUGGCUAUUUCAUUAAAGAUGCCAGUGCCGCUGUGCGGUUCUGGUCACUGGACUACGGGUUCGGGAAUGAUGGCGGGCUCGAAGUGGCAGAAUGCUUUGCCCAUUCGUUUUCUCUGCUGUCGAGAGGCGAAGCCAAAAGGGCACCGGCCGGUUCGUAUAACUCAGCUCACCCGUCUGGUCGCGACUGGAAAUACCUGCCUCGGAAGAUGGAGAAUAAUUUAAGGGGUAGGUGAUAGGGCUCCUGUCCUCGGCGGUCUCGAGGUGUACUCUGCAAGCUGGGAACUCGUGCGAGACAAGGUGUCGAAUAAAUCAAGCCUCCAAAUACUAGUGCGUCUUCGGCUAGUGGGAAGUAUCUCAGACAUGGGACCCGUCCGCCGACCAAUGCCACCUGUCUAUGAGAUACUUAAGUCACCGUCUCGGAUAGUUGGUCCACGCACUGUCGGAUGCUGAGGCGGAUCGUCUGCACUGUCCUCCGAGUCGGUGCGACUUAUGGAAUUUUAGCCAUGGUCCCGAAGUGCGUAUGCGCUCAUGGUGCUAGUUUUCAUAGAAAAUCGAAUCUGCUAGGCUAGUAAGAAAAUUUUCCCUACAGUCACGAAUCUUGAGCGAUGAGGACUGUGGAGGAGCUGAAGUGGGAUAUGACGGGCCAAGGUCAUUUCCGAAGUACUGUACGUGCCCGCUGCGUCGACUUCACCCGAUAAAGAAUGUUUCACGUUCAUUGUCCACGACCAACGGAACUAAGCUUGGUCAUAUUGGGCACUUCAUGAUGGCAACUGAAUGCCUCGGUACCCCUGUUCGAAGUAUUUAGCGGCACCGUCUAUAAAGCCUAUGUCAGUGCCGUUAGUUCAGGGUGUUGCUAGCUACUGCUCACUAGGACCGUAGGGAGGUCCUGGUCUCUUCGUUAUGACAGUUCGACCAUCGUAGCCGACGGUGUACACCGUGCGCUCCUCAGCAAGGUGGGAGCAGGUACGGUGACUUGCGCGUGAGUUAGCUGUGGUGAUAGUAAAUUUGCGCGACACCUACCACACUCUCUUCUCCCCCACCUGGGCCUGGUGCCAAGGCAGAAUCGAGGCGAUCGGAGGGGGGAGAGAGCGCGGAUGGAUGGCAUGGUGUAAACUCGCAUCUGGCAUACCACCACACCCUCUGAUCCACAAACUACAGUGACCAGGAUUUUACACAAGGGAAAACGAAGGAGAGCGACAAGAACCCCGGUAGGAGUGGCCGUGUAUUUCCGAUAGCGCUUGCCAAAAUCUGACCUAGCCCCUAUUUCUCGCCCAGCUCACGGUCCGUUUUAAGGACAAAGAUAUCGAAAUGCAGGACCUGUCUUAGAAGUACAAAAAGUGAUCAGAUUUACACACGUAGAGACGUUCAAGUAAAAAACCGAAAUCGAUUCAAUUUCUCAGCAGAGCGUACGCGACGAUUCCUGCAAGAUUUCUCCUUAUGAAAUAUGGCUAAAUUUGCAAUGGCAUCCAAAAUAGCCUGCAAAAAUGCAGACUACACUAGUUAGUAAUAUCUUCCUUUGCUCACGGAAGAAUUUCUUACAGGUCCCAAGGUUGCUACGAACCAAAGCCAUCAAGCCGCCCAACUGAGGUCCGGCGCUGACUGGAAUUUUGGUGCUUCAUUCCCCCCCACCUACUCAAACCCGGGCUACAGCAUAAUUACCUGCUUAACCGUAUCUUUCGACUUAUUAUUUCGAUAGCCAUAUAAAGUUACAGGCUUGGAGAGAAUUUAUCGGAAGCAGACGUAUGCUCGCCAAAUUGCCGUUUGAAUUUUACAAUGGUAAUUUCCUCAACUCUAAUGUUUCUCCCUCUGUGGUUCGCGCAGGGGGUUUAGCCGACAGCUAAUAUGUUUCUUAUAGUUAAAUUAUCUGCAAAUCAGUAUGGAAACCACACCUAGACAAUCUCUCCUCUCUGAAAGAGGGCUUGAAAAUAUACGUGCACACUCCCGGAGGUUCGUGGACUACCAUAUGUCGUCCGACCGUUUUACAUCUAGGGGAUCCUAGAGGACGGGCCCUACGGAAUUUUUAGGAUACAGCAUUAAGAGAUGCUUCAACCUAAUAGGUGUUCCUACAAGCGCUUGUCUAAAGACGACAAAAUUUGAGAUCUGAUAAAGACGCAAGGACAGAUUUGGCCUCUAAAUCCCUCAUUGGGGGGAACGAAAAAGACUUCACACGAAGACAGACAGAGCACACAGAGGACAGGGCCAGGACGAUGAACGAGGGUCAGUUUUUCAUAAAGACAAACUCGGAAGAGCUGGACCACUAUUCCUGUGUCCUGCAGGUUAGGAAACGUCCUCGCACUUAAAGGCACAGAAACAAAUGGAAUUGGCGAAAGAGCAAACAGGAUUUCUCUCAGGGGACCCACGAAUAGAUGCCGAAGACACGAGAGAGAGAUAGAGAGGGGGAGAGAUAACUGUGCUCCCCGCGCGGACAUCUUACCACUUCAGUAGAGUCUAAAAAUCUACUUUUAUGAACGAUGCAUGACUAUUUCAAAUGAACAAUUCAAUGGCUUAGCAUGAAUAACAAGCUUGGCUUAUCCAUGAUUAUUACCGACAAUACGAGAAACCUAAACGAACAUUUAUACUGCACCGAGCGAUCACUGGAAAAAGAACAUUAUUGGCCUGACGUUUCGGAUUCUCAUUCGAACCGAUUUAAGAACUCGUAGCCGAGGCGGCCGUACAACGGCUGGAGUCGCCGAUUUGUCAAACAUCACAGACCGAGAGUUUGGGCUCGACAUAUGGAUGUUACCUCCGUCGUCAUCGAACGGAAUCAGCUGUCGGCAUUCAAAAAACGUCUCAGCUCCGUCUUCCCCGGCUUUCAGUUUACGAAGAGAAUAACCAGCUGGCUUUUCUGGAUGUCCUGGGUUACUGCAAAUACUGUGGUGGCCUAAAAUCAAGUUAUUCAGGAAAGUGACAAACGCGGAACAAGUACGGAAUUUCAACAGCAACCACCCGAUCGGUCACAAACGCAGUUGCGUAAGGGCGCUAUACAGACGCGUUGAGACGCACUGCAGAGAAACGGAAGACAAGGUUGCUGAAUUGCAAUAUCUUAGGUAAGUGCCGAGAGCCAAUGGCUACCGCUCAAUUUUGUCAACCUGUGCGUACGCAGACGAAACCAGAAACCAAAUCCAAUGAGUCCUGAAUGUUGGCGAGUGUUUCCGUACGUGAGGAACGUAUCGAAGGUCGUCAGUCGUCUUCCUACUCCGCCUAGGGUUGGGGUCGCACACAGGCCGGAAGCAACCAUUAGGCGCCAAGUAAUGAGGCCGAAAAACCCGCUGCUACUACGGGAAACGUCUGAAAUCGUUUACUGGAUCUGAUGCAGUUGCGGACAGAGCAAUUACGUCGGAGAAACUGGGAAAUUGCUCCGGACGCGCACGGUUGCGCUCUCAGCAGCGGUGAGGAGGAAAGACGCCAGUACUCAGAUUGCAGCUCAUUCCACGGAACCCGACCAUAUUUGCAAGUCUCAAGAGGCUGAAAUUCUCGCAAUAGCUGAAAACAGCGUGAGCCGCGAGCUUCUCGAAUCAUGAGGCAAGCAAUCCAUUAGUGAGCGCAAUGAACUCUCGUUACCGUAUUCCGUGCUGAGAUUUUCCCUGGGCAGGGAAAUCAGUCAGGUGAGGAGGGCGCGGGCGAGCAACAAUCCCGUUGAGAGUGAGCCAAUCUGCCGAGCGAUCGUCACUCCAGCAUCUAACACGGAUGACAAAAUCGCAGCCAUUAACGACACGUUCGCGGACUGACAAGUAAUCAUCGCAUUAAUUACGACCCCCAGCGGUAAUCGCGAGAGCUGUUAAUUCUAGUACGCAUGUGGCCGCAAGGCAGCCAAGUGCUAUAAAUACUGCAGUCGUUGUGCCACUAUUACCCUUAACCGUGACUGUCUCUGAUGAGGGGCUCGAGUGAGGAUCCGGAACGUCAGGUCAAUAAACUUCUUAUUCCAAUGACCGCGUGUUCUUCUUCUGAACUGCUUCCGGGAACUCGCCUGUUCGCUUCUAUCUGCAAUAACAUCGAAAGUGUCCGUCAGAUUAACCUCAAAUCGCGGAAAACAAACGGGUCUCCACAAGAUCAUCAAAAGAUAAACGUUGGUACCUAUUUAAACGUUGGCCCAUUUCAACACGGUGUACCUUGCGUGAGCACCGCAUCCUUUCGCAAUUGUGAUCCUCGCGAGCGGUUAUGCGUCUUACUUCAAGUUCAUACACACGGACAAUCCGCCUGUUCGGUGGUAUGCCGCUCAGGGAGCUUAUGGCGUAUAUGCCCGGGUUCUUGAUUGAUUGUUGUCAAAUUAAGAAGAACGCAGUUUAGGCCAGGGUAACAGGGAAAUUGCGCAGACAGGAAAUGCUCGUUGAGAGGCGAGGCCGGACCGGCGACCUGCGAUUUCGUGUCCGGUACUGUCCCCCAGUUAUUACACACACCUUACAUCUUGGCGUGACAUUAUCCUGAUUUGUACUUACUUAUACUUAAUUUGACUUGUGCUUGAUUUGCGGCGCACGACGCUACUUCUUGUGCUGACGGGCCAAUUUCCCUAGCCCAUUUAGGUUGUGCCGUACAUCCAAAUGACUUGGUCACUUUUGUUAAGUCGGAUUGUGGCCUGCGGAACAAUUACCUGACUUAGACGCUUGAUCCGCUUUAGAAAAUAGUUAUAGAAUGCAAGUACUUAAUGCUCAGGACAGCAGUCAUCUUCGUGUACGGCCCUCUCGAAAAUCCAAUCAGUAGCGUAGAUGAACGGAAUAGGCGACAGGAUACAAACCUGUCAAUGUCCAAACCGAAUAUCAGACGGCUGGGAAAGGUUUUUAUGGACCAGAACUCGCGCGGUGGUAGGGCGGCAAAAGGCCCUGGUCAUGGUGAUGGUCUUUUGGCGGUACACCAUCUAGUGCCAUUUUCCGCCACAGCGACUCACGAUAGACGGAAUCGAACACGGUGGCGAAGUCAGCAAAGCAGGCGGUCAUCGGUCGCUGGUAGCUGUGGCGGAUUUCGAGAAUGGGCCUCAGCGUGAACAUCUGGUUCGCAAAUCCACGUCCAGCACGGGAUAUGGCGUGGUUAGGCCUCGUCCUGGAGACACGCACAGUCUGGAAUCGCCGGAGAAGGACAAUGACGAGGAUCUUCCCAGAAGCGUCGAUGAGACCUCUGUCGCGGUAGUUCUUGCGUCUUAUCUUCCUUUCUGAUGAUAGGCACAAGGAUGCCCAAGCCCCAGUCACCGGGAGCGACCUCGCCUCUCCACGCUUGCUAAGUCACCUCAUGGAGCCAGGACGUCAGUGUCGACACACAACUUGAAGAUUUCAGCGAGUAUACCGUUCUCUGCGAGCGCCUUGUUGUUACGUGGCGGAUCGCAUAACAUUGUGUUGGCCGGCGAGAGGGAGGCUCCGCUGCAGAGAACAAAAGUAUGGUAAGUUGAACAUCGAAGUUGAGAUGGUACACAAAGUGCUCAUGCCAGCGCUCGAUUGUGGCCGAGCUGUCAGCAAUAAAGCUGCCAUUCACGUAGCGAAUAGAGUCAUUCAGUGCAGAAGGCUUACCACUAACUUGGUGGAUAGGUUCAUAAAGUUUUCGAGUGUCACCAGCGUUUGAGACCUGUUCCAUGGAGGUCGCUAUUUCAGUCGAGUGUUUCUUAUGGUCAUCCCUGGCAGACUUUGUCACUAUCUUCCGAUUUGGCGGAAAGAAUCAUCAUUACGGGACCUGGCCCGAUCCGUACGAAUAUACAACUACAGUGUUCUUCCGCUGAUCCAGUUACUGCGGCGUCGCUGAGUAUUUCCAAGAACUUUCUCAGCUGUCCCAUGGAUGUUUUCAGUGAAGACUAUUAGUUACCGCCUCCUACGCCGGGCCGGAUCACAAAAAAGAACUGGGUUUCUCUGUUCGGGACGUCUGCAGUGUUGGGUUGUCCAUUUUUUUCUGACAACAAGGCGUCUAGGGCGUGGCAUUUAUGGCGCGGGUGAGAGGUGAACUUUUAAGCGUGUACGAACGAGGACAUGAAUCGACUCAUGGGAGUUACCAGUCUCGGUACCACGUAUCGAUCUGCUAUCGUGAACCCAGCUGCGGAACUUUGGACCGACUAAAAUCGACUUAAUCUGGCUGGUCGUAUCGUUUAAAUACCAGGUUAGCAGAUGUCGGUUCUGAUUAACGAAUUCUGGCAACCUCUCGUCAUUUUCACAUCAAGAACCUAGUCCAAAGCGUACAAGAAUACGAUUGUUUGUGGAGUCGUUAGGUCCAGGCCGACCGUUCCGAGUCGCGGCAACAAUCAGCAGAUCUCAACGAGGGAGUCUUUCAACUUUUAGCUUGCAGCUGCGAGUAAAACGCUUCUUUAUCGUGCUGUUCGGCACUUGAAGUUGGUGCAUACGCAGAGGCAAUGAAAAUGUUCGUGAAGUGACCCUUCAGUCGCACUUAGGUCUUUCGUUCGUUGACUGGUUCUCAAGCAAGUAGAGCGAUGUCCGCUUGUUGGGAGAGGGUGAUCACCAAACCGUGCCCACUAGAAGAGUCGCGUGCGCCGUUGAGAUACAGGGUGAAGUGUACUUCGACUUCGGACAUCUUUAUUUCUCGAGAGCCUGGGUCAGAAAGUUGAACUUCAGACAGACAUCAGACAUCCAACCUGAACUGAUUAAGGCUGCGCGAGGUCAGACUUUGAGCACCGGGGUCAAGAAACGUUCGCACACUCCAGCAUCAAAUACCAAGAGUCCGUCCCCGACUGAGUAGUCCAGCUCGCAUACAAUUCGCCAGCACCAGUAGACCAAGAAUGCGGAAAGCGUCUGUUCCUGCGGACGCCGAAGUACGGGUCGUAAUUCUGUACUCCGACAUAUUUCACGAGGUUUUUUGGAAAUUCUGAAUGCAGGCGGUCCCAAAUAGUCGUUUGGAUUGUUUGUUCUAGGUCGUCUCCUCUAGCGCUUUGGCUCAAGAGCCUAACCAGAGGGCAGCGGCGGCAAGAAAACUCAUUGAAUGGCGGUUCACGGUCGCCAUGUUACAGUGCCGUCAUCAGGUUUUGCAGCUUUUUUAUAAGGCCUUCAGCAUGCCAGACCUCAGCCCUCGGCACCCCAGCAGCAUCGUCGCAGCUGGUCCGCAACUACUUAUUCGUCAGGCCUGA